CUGCCAAAACCAAUUGUUUGUCUUUUGUCCCACUCUCUCCCUACGUUACGUAACAGUCAAAUCACAACCUGACACCUCAUUUUCCCUCUAAAAUAUCUUAGUUUUUGCUUACGUGGCCACCUCCCACUGGUCAUUCAUAUAUAUAUUUGUCAUCACAGACGCCUGAGCUUCCAGAGACGCUCGCAGUCUCUCACGCAGUUCGAGCUACGGCGAUGGCUUCCUUGUCUCUAUGUCGAUGGUCUGUGAAGACCGCCGCUGACUCCUCCGCUAUUGAGCUCUCUACAGAUCCAUGCAAUUAUCCGGUUUUAUUUUUUUGUCAGAGUAAGCGACGUCGUUUCGUCGCUUCUGCUGCACACAACUCCUCCUCCUCCUCCUCCUCCUCUUCUGGUUCUAAUGCGAGUUCGAUAUCGAAGAAGAGGAUAGAAUUAGAUGUUUAUAGCUCGAGUCAAAGGAAAAUUGUUGAUAAUUCGAAAAACGAAGUCGUUUUAGCUUCUCGGAAGAGACGAACCAUUAGUUUUAAGUCGCUGUUUGGGAGGAGAUCGCUGUGGCGGAGGAUAUUAUUUGCGUCUAAGAAAGUUAGGAGUAUCAUUUUGCUCAAUGUCAUCACUGUUAUUUAUGCAAGUAACAUCCCUGUUCUGAAAGAGGUGGAAGCAAUUGUAGAUCCAGCAGCCUUCAAUGCUAUGAGAUUUGCUGUGUCUGCCAUUCCGUUCAUCCCAUUUAUGUUGCAAGCACGAGAUGAUGUUGAGACCCGAAAUGCAGGAAUUGAGUUGGGUUUUUGGGUCAGUCUGGGGUAUCUGAUGCAGGCACUUGGAUUAAUAACAUCUGACGCUGGACGAGCAUCUUUUAUAUCAAUGUUCACUGUAAUUGUGGUUCCCUUGCUUGAUAGUAUGUUGGGAGCAAUAGUUCCUGCGUGGACUUGGUUUGGAGCUGUGAUGUCUGUGGUAGGAGUCGCAAUGCUGGAAUCCAGUGGGUCGCCUCCAAGUGUUGGAGAUCUGUUAAACUUCUUAAGUGCAGUGUUUUUUGGAGUUCAUAUGCUAAGAACUGAGCACAUUUCAAGAAGUACAAGUAAAAAGAACUUCUUACCUCUCCUUGGAUAUGAGGUUUGUGUUAUUGCCCUCUUCUCUGUGACAUGGUAUUUUGUUGAUAGCUGGUUUGGUAGUAUUCAAAGCUGGGACCCAUCAUCUUUGACUUGGGCAGUUUUUUGGGAUUUGAUGGUUGCAUUUCCAUGGAUACCUGCCCUGUACACAGGCAUAUUCUCAACAGGGUUAUGUUUAUGGAUAGAGAUGGCUGCUAUGCGAGAUGUCUCUGCCACAGAAACUGCAAUAAUAUACGGGUUGGAGCCUGUCUGGGGUGCUGGUUUUGCAUGGUUUCUCCUUGGUGAAAGGUGGGGUGCGAUUGGUUGGCUUGGUGCUUUUCUUGUGCUAGGUGGAAGCCUGACAGUUCAGCUCUUUGGAUCGUCAUCUCCCUCAGACUCCAUUGAAGAUGAAGAGAGAAGUAAGAAAGGUGAUCAAGUAGAAAAGGGUUUAUCCACCUCUCCAGUUGUCAUCAGCCCCAGAGAAGAUGUUCCUAAGCUAUGAAAAAACAUUCCAGCUCAGCUCAAUUCAGCAGACUUCAGCAGCGUCAAUAUUCUAGCUCAGCAUAUCAGUCCGAUAUUGACUGAAUGGUCAAAGAAGAUAGUUAGCUAUUUUGACUAUUGUAACUAUGGUUAGUUGAAGUUAGUUAAGAUUGUUACUU